GGCGGGGGUGGAAUUGGCCUCCGCACCACGAAAGAUCCAUCCCGGAAGUAGUUAUUGGUCGUCUCCAUGCGCCGGUUCCUGGGCGCCGUAGAGUGAAGGCGCGAGGCUCGGACGGGGAGGUAGAGCUGGAAGGGACGCUAAGCGCCCUCCGCUCUGCACGCGAGCCGCUGCGCCCGCGGGGCUGGCCCCGGCGCCACCAUGCUGCUCCUGCCGAGCGCUGCGGACGGCCAGGGCACCGCCAUCAGCCACGCUCUGACCUCUGCCUCAAAACUCUGUCAAGUUGAACCUGUGGGAAGAUGGUUUGAAGCUUUUGUUAAGAGGAGAAACAGAAAUGCUUCCUCCUCUUUUCAGGAACUGGAGGAUAAGAAAGAAUUAUCAGAGGAAUCAGAAGAUGAAGAAUUGCAGCUAGAAGAGUUUCCCAUGCUGAAAACACUUGAUCCCAAAGACUGGAAGAACCAAGAUCAUUAUGCAGUACUUGGACUUGGCCAUGUAAGAUACAAAGCUACACAGAGACAAAUCAAAGCAGCUCAUAAAGCAAUGGUUUUAAAACAUCACCCGGACAAACGGAAAGCAGCUGGUGAACCAAUAAAAGAAGGAGAUAAUGACUACUUCACAUGCAUAACUAAAGCUUAUGAAAUGCUAUCUGAUCCAGUGAAAAGACGAGCAUUUAACAGUGUAGAUCCUACUUUCGAUAAUUCGGUUCCUUCUAAAAGUGAAGCAAAGGACAAUUUCUUCGAAGUGUUUUCCCCAGUGUUUGAAAGGAACUCCAGAUGGUCAAAUAAAAAAAAUGUCCCUAAACUUGGUUGUAUGAAUUCAUCAUUUGAAGAUGUAGAUGCUUUUUAUUCUUUCUGGUAUAAUUUUGAUUCAUGGAGAGAAUUUUCUUAUUUAGAUGAAGAAGAAAAAGAAAAAGCAGAAUGUCGUGAUGAGAGGAAAUGGAUUGAGAAGCAGAACAGAGCAACAAGGGCACAACGGAAAAAAGAAGAAAUGAACAGAAUAAGAACAUUAGUUGACAAUGCAUAUAGCUGUGAUCCAAGGAUAAAAAAAUUUAAAGAAGAAGAAAAGGCCAAGAAAGAAGCAGAAAAGAAAGCAAAAGUGGAAGCAAAACGGAAGGAACAAGAGGCAAAGGAAAAACAAAGACAAGCUGAAUUAGAAGCGGCUCGGUUAGUUAAAGAGAAAGAAGAAGAGGAAGUUAGACAACAAGCAUUACUGGCAAAGAAGGAAAAAGAUAUCCAGAAAAAAGCCAUUAAAAAGGAAAGGCAAAAACUUCGAAACUCAUGCAAGAGCUGGAAUCACUUUUCUGACAAUGAGGCAGAACGGGUUAAAAUGAUGGAAGAAGUGGAAAAACUUUGUGAUCGGCUUGAACUAGCAAGCUUACAGUGCUUGAAUGAAACACUCACAUCAUCUACAAAAGAAGUAGGAAAGGCUGCUCUGGAAAAACAGAUAGAAGAAAUAAAUGAGCAGAUGAGAAAGGAGAAAGAGGAAGCCGAGGCUCGUACACGACAAGCAUCUAAGAAUGCAGAGAAGUCAAGUGGCGGAGGUGGAAAUGACAGUAAAAAUUGGUCAGAAGAUGAUCUGCAAUUACUGAUUAAAGCUGUGAACCUCUUCCCUGCUGGAACAAAUUCAAGAUGGGAAGUUAUUGCUAAUUACAUGAACAUACAUUCUUCUUCUGGAGUCAAGAGAACUGCCAAAGAUGUCAUUGGCAAAGCAAAGAGUCUUCAAAAACUUGACCCUCAUCAAAAAGAUGACAUCAACAAGAAGGCAUUUGAUAAAUUUAAGAAAGAACAUGGAGUGGUGCGUCAAGCAGACAAUGCGCCGCCUUCAGAACGGUUUGAAGGUCCAUGCACAGAUUUCACCCCUUGGACAACAGAAGAACAGAAGCUUUUGGAACAAGCUUUGAAAACAUACCCAGUAAACACACCUGAAAGAUGGGAAAAGAUAGCAGAAGCAGUGCCUGGCAGGACAAAGAAGAACUGCAUGAAACGAUACAAGGAACUUGUUGAGAUGGUUAAAGCAAAGAAAGCUGCUCAAGAGCAAGUGCUGAAUGCAAGUAGAGCCAAGAAAUGAUUUAUGACAAUCUUUGUUGUGUGUGCAUUUUUAUAAUAAAACUGAAAAUACUGUACAAAUUUUCAUUCUUAAAAUUAUAACCUAUGAUGAUAUUUCAGAGUGUGUGCUGUUUCAACAUAAUUUCUCAGCACAAAGAUCUACCUGUUCACUGUGGUCUUAUCCUUUGAAAGUCUGAUGCAGAAUUUCAUUUAGUUUCCAAGUAUAUAUGUUCAUUUUUAUUUUUCCCCUUAGGGAUUGACAGCAUAAAACUUGCAGAUCUCUGUUUUAUAAAAUAUGUAUAUUCAAAAUAUUUUGAUGAGCAUUUUAAUCACGAAGCCAGCACAUACUACUGCGAAUCUGGUUAAAAUCUGGUAGUCGCUCGAUGGGACCUAAUGAUUAAAAGAAAAGAUGGUUAAAACUGAGAGACAAGCAAGCACAUAUGCAACUUUCUGCAUAGGAGAAAAGGAGCCAGGCUUACCAACAGCAGCAAUGGCUGGACUCUUAUCAUAAAUAUAUUUGGUACACACUUCUUGAAUUGUGUUAGCAUUUACAGCCUGAAAUAGAGAUGAUACUAACAGUCAGAGCUUUUUGUAGUAAAGACAGAUUCUAUAUCUAUACCUGGAUCUUUUUGGAGCUAAAGCAAGAUUUAUGGUACAUAUUUUCAGCUUUUGUAACAAGGAUCUUUUUAUACAUGACCAACAGUAACUAAGGAUUACUUACAUCAAUUCUUGCUUCAAGCUCAGGGAUGGGAAUUCUUCUGUUAUAGCAUAACAUUUGCCUACCAAUAUCUUCACAAAUUGGAGUGGAACCUGUUUAAAGGGAAAGAAAAUCUAAGUAUUGUAAUAUAGAUACAUGAAAAUAGAACUUAAGUCUUCGUUCCUACCAUCAAGUUGCAACAACAUGUUUGUUUUCAGAAGAUUUCUGGCUCGUGCGACUUCACUUUCAGUGACACUUGUACAAAGUCGCAUCCUAAAAGAGGUUUGGAAAAAUAAAAAUGUCAAGUAGUUUGAAAAUGUAAUGUGUUUUAUGAGGUAAUGAAGUAAAGAAAGAUGCUGUAUUCUACAUACUACACCACAGUGUACAAAUGAUUUAUGAUUUCAACUUAGUAAAAGGCUGAAAUUACUAAUGAUCCAAUAGCUAAGCAAAAGCUAAAAUAUUACUGAUUCCUCAUUUUCCUGGUUUUAAUUUAUCAAAAACUAUUAUGAUUAGAAGACAAGGGUUCAGUACAAUAUAAAAAUAGGCUGGCUGCAUUUUUUAAAAUGCUAUGAUCAUUUUGACACUUCACGAAUCCCCAUGUUAGGAUCUUACAUUCUAGGGUACAAAUCAGUGGGUCAUUGUUUUCUCAAGGAUCUCAACUUAAGCUGUCGUCACACCCCAGUCAACUAGAUUUAGAAAGCUGUAAGCCAUUUAAGAAUGGCAGAAGAAAGAAACUGGAGUUAAAUAAAAACUUUUCCAAGAA